AUGGCGACUCAAAGUCAUAACUCCUACCGUUCACUGCCUAGCUUUGUUGCUUUACCUUCGUGUCUUCUCGUACUGGCAUCCAUCUUUUUGCAACCGGCACUAGCCUCGGUUGAACUAGAAUCAAUUCUAAGCCCAGAGUUCAACGUAAGUAACCCAAACGCAACGGUGAACUGGACGUUCCUAGACGACAACUCCACAUUCUUGAAGCACGGCCAUAUCAAGCAUUCGAAAUAUUCCAUACCUACUACUAUUCUCUUAGUCACAAUAUUUUUGAUAGUUAUAAUUGGAACUAUAAUAGGAAAUGUGUUAGUUUGUGUUGCAGUACGCUUAGUUAGGAAAUUAAGAAGGCCUAGUAAUUACUUGAUUGUAUCGCUGGCAGUGAGCGACUUGUGUGUGGCCUGUAUUGUGAUGCCAGUAGCCACCGUCUAUGAUAUUAUGGGAACGUGGCCUUUUGGACCGGUCAUAUGCGACUUCUGGGUAUCAAGUGACGUACUAUCCUGCACCGCUAGCAUUCUUAACUUGUGCAUGAUCUCUGUGGACCGCUACUAUGCAAUUACGAAGCCUCUGGAGUACGGUGUGAAGAGAACACCUCGGAGGAUGCUAUUUUGUGUUUUCAUCGUAUGGAUAAGCGCCGCAUUCAUUUCCCUCCCUCCGGUCCUUAUCCUAGGAAAUGAGAAGACUGACACCUCCUGUUCUGUGUCACAGAAUCAGGCGUACCAAAUCUAUGCAACUUUUGGUUCAUUCUACAUACCGUUGACUGUAAUGAUCGUGGUCUAUUAUAAAAUAUUUAGAGCUGCUAGGAAGAUUGUUAAAGACGAGAAACGUGCUCAAUCACACUUGGAGACGCACUGUUACUUGGAAAUAAAUGUGAAGAAUGGCGGAGCCGCGGAAGCUAAGCUGCUGGGCAACCAGCCGGCUCAGCCUCCCCCGAGAGGAUCCACGGCGAGCACGAAUACAACGUGUAGCGUAGACAAAACAGAAAGCACAAUCGGGAGAUGCUUUAGUGGCCAAAGAAAGUCGAACGAGUCGCAGUGUCCAAUGUUGCAACAGCCAAAGACUCCAACAAAACCUAUUCACACCAUAAACCGGUCACCCACACAGCUGGUGCCCGGGAAACUAGCGGUGAAGGAGAGACAAAGACAGCCUUCGGAGAGUAGUCAGAAAACCACGACGAACAGGAUCCGUUCGUCGCUCUCGAACUUUGCUCAUAAAAGCCAUAUCGCCAAAGACUUGCUACAUCCGCAGAACGCUGUUCAUCAGAAAAAACUGCGGUUUCAAUUAGCCAAAGAACGCAAAGCGUCUACAACCCUCGGUAUCAUCAUGUCUGCAUUCGUGAUCUGCUGGCUACCGUUUUUCGUGUUAGCUUUAAUUAGACCAUUUGUGAAAGAAGAUGCUAUUCCCGAUGCGGUGAGUGCGCUUUUCCUCUGGCUGGGUUACCUGAACAGUUUGCUCAACCCAGUCAUAUACGCGACACUGAACCGAGACUUCAGAAAGCCGUUCCAAGAAAUCCUGUUCUUCCGUUGUGGCAAUCUGAACCACAUGAUGCGUGAGGAGUUCUACCACAGUCAGUAUGGUGACCCUGACCAACAUUACUGUGUGAACAAUACUACCAAAAUGCACAAUUACGAGGAGGGGGUAGAAAUAGUUUCUGCCGUCGAUAGGGAGGAGACAAGAGCUUCAGAGAGUUUUCUAUGA